AUGCCUGCACCGCAGGACCCAUCUGUUGCGACCGGCAGUCCUGAGCCGCCACCGCCGCCGCUGCUGCUGCCACCGCCACCGGAACUGCCACCGGAACUGCCACCGGAACUGCCACCGGAGCUACCGCCGGAGCUGCCACCACUGCUGCUGCCGCCGCCACUGCAUGUACCAAAGCCCGGCUGGCAACCCGUUCCGCAGUAA